CCUCACUCAGUUUCAUAAUAGGAUCAGUUCAAUCCAAGCUUCUAUGGCUUCAAUGUUGCAUUUGUUUCUUCUGCUUGGUUCUUUGAUGGUUGCUUCUGCUGGUAGCUUGAACGAAAAUUUUGAUAUCACUUGGGGAGAUGGCCGUGCCAAGAUGGUUAACGAUGGGGAGCUUCUUACUCUGUCUCUGGAUAAAGCCUCUGGCUCCGGCUUCCAGUCCAAGAAUGAGUAUAUAUUUGGCAAGAUCGAUAUGCAGCUCAAGCUUGUUGGUGGAAACUCUGCAGGCACUGUCACUGCUUACUAUCUAUCCUCAAAAGGGUCUACAUGGGACGAGAUAGACUUCGAAUUCCUGGGAAAUUUGAGUGGUGAUCCUUACAUUCUUCACACUAAUGUGUUCAGUCAAGGAAAGGGUAACAGAGAACAACAAUUCUAUCUCUGGUUUGAUCCAACUGCUGAUUUCCACACCUAUUCCAUUCUCUGGAAUCCUCAGCGCAUUGUUUUCUCUGUGGACGGCACUCCCAUAAGAGAGUUCAAGAACUCAGAGUCAAUUGGUGUACCAUUCCCAAAGAAUCAGCCAAUGAGAAUAUAAUCUUCUCUUUGGAAUGCUGAUGAUUGGGCUACAAGAGGUGGACUUGUGAAGACUGAUUGGACUCAAGCUCCUUUCACUGCUUCCUACAGAAACUUCAAAACUGAUGCUUGUGUUUGGUCUAAUGGAAAAUCUUCUUGCACUUCAAACUCACCUUCUUCUUCGUCCUGGCUCUCCCAAGAACUUGAUACAACAGGUCAAGAGAGACUGAAAUGGGUUCAGAAGAACUACAUGAUAUACAAUUACUGCAGUGACACCAAGAGAUUUCCCCAGGGCCUCCCUGCAGAAUGCAG